AUGACCGUCAACACCUAUUUCCCGGAUGCUAAACUCCAACAGGCCGAAAAGGCACAAUACAUCCAAGCGCUUCGAUCUCACCAGUUCAAUACCAUCGUUGAACUCGUCCGUGUCGAGCAGGCUUUUGCAAAGCUCGGUACACCGGACUGCAGUGAGCCGAUGACGGCGGCUUAUUGA